AUGUCAACCGACUCUAACCGUUCGUCAGGUGGCAAAGUGAAGCCUCUGAAGGCGCCGAAGAGGGAGAAGAAGGACUUGGAUGAAGAUGAGAUUGCAUUCAAGGCCAAGCAGGCCGCAGAUGCCAAAGCUCGAAAGGAAAUGGCCGAGAAGGCAAAGGGCAAAGGACCAUUGAACGCUGGCCAGCAGGGCAUCAAGAAGAGCGGAAAGAAAUAG